UUUACCAGCUUGUCAUGGAGAUCGCUAGUAUGUAACACGAUGCAUCCCGCCAACGAUUAUGAGCGAGGGCGGUCCACAGUGUUCCGCUUCUUCAAAAGAGCGGAUGUCUCGGGAUAACCUACGCUAUCGCGGCGUGCGUCAUACAUGUAAGGUUUAUGAGGUCCGCUUUCCUCCUCAUUUCUAGGGAGCCUCCACAGAGAGGAGCUGAGGCGCUAGACCGGAGAAUCUGCUGUCAGUUUUAACCAAGGCUGGAGGUGUGAAGAGAAGAGCUCGACUUGCACUUCGCUGGUUUUGUUGGGGAUCCAGCGUGCGAGUGGUUCACACUACAGAACCAGACAUGGCGUUACUCGGACUACAUCUGUUAUUCCUCAUCCUGAGGGUUGUGUGUAGUAACAAGGGCCUGCCCAUCUCCACGUCAGUCCGGGGUACCCUGGGUGAGAUCGUCACCCUGCCGGCCAGCUACGAUCACGACCAGCCCGUCAUCGCCCUGACAUGGAACAAGUUCGACCCCAACAUCCAGGGAACCCGGAUUCCCGUCUACAUGUACUCUCCUAACAGUAACAGCUCCUUACCCCUGGGCCCGUUCAAGGACCGCGCGACGCUCAACAACAACGGCUCCCUGACGUUACGUCAUCUGGAGAAGAAGGACGAGGGCCAGUACGUCAUGACUACGUUAAUAGACGCGGUCGGACAGCAGGAACACUAUGUCUACCUCGAAGUGCAAAUACCUCCGAAAGUAAGUGUAGGACAACAGAGCCCGCUGCGUGUUCCCAUCAACACCAACAUCACACUCAACUGCACGGUGGAGAAGAGCACUAACCUACAGUACAACAUCUACUGGCUCAGGAAUGGUGUCCGGCCGCCUCCCGGCUGGCAUGUUGAGUAUGAGGACCAGAACUCCUACAAGUCUGCCCUAACGGUCACCAGACUUACCCGAGAGGAUGCCGGGAAUUACACCUGCGUGGCGCAACAUGGCGGCAGCUGGCAGUCAGACAGUCUCUCAUUGGAUGUUCUGUACCCGGCAGUCAUAACCAACAUCUCCGCCCCCACCAUGGCGUUUGUGGGGACCUCCGUGUCUCUAUCGUGCCAGGCUGACGGCAACCCCGCCCCGCAGAUCCACUGGUACCGAGCCGGCGCGGACUCCAGCCCGAUCCACACAGCCGACCAAGGGAAGAGCAGCUCCAGGCUGACCCUACAGGAGCUGGACACGUCGGACGAUGGUCAGUACGUCUGCCUGGCCACCAACAGGAUGGGACAGUGGGACAGGCGAUCUGUUCAUCUGACGGUGCUGAGAGUGGCAUCACCUCCUACAGCUGUCAUAGCAGAAACUGCCACGAAGCCGGGCUCCUGGGCGGACUUCUCCAUGAUAGUAGGCGGGGCGGCGGGAGGAGCGGCCGUGCUGCUGACCGUCAUGCUGACGUGGUUCGUCUGGUCCCGCCGCCUGAAGGACAAACCCGGGUACGGCAACCCCACCUUGCUGAUGCCGGGUCUACAGGGGCAGAGCAACGCCAUGGUCAUGGUCAGCGACGAGGGGAACACGCUAUCAGUCAAAUCCUUCACCGGGAGUGAGAAGAAAGAUGUCUGUGUGUCCCAGGAAAGACCACCUAUACCCGACUCACUACAGGCUAAGAUAGCUGCAGAUCUCUCCAACUGGACAUCGGACAAAGCAGCCGGCUGCGCAUGUUCAACCGUAGAUUCCAAAUCAACAAAAUGUUCAGAAGAAGACGACGAGAAGGCUGAAACCGAGCGAGAAUAUCGCACAGAAGAGAUGGAGUUGCCAUGA